AUGGAGAAACGCAAAUUGGAAAAUACUCCCCGGGCGGGUACCAGUACCACUGGAGAAUCCCGCACUCCCGGUUCGCCGGGAGUCUGCCGCACGUAUACGGGGGCGGCACCAACUGCGUGUGAGGGUAAGGGGGCCGUUGCAACGGCGAAAGAAGGAGAGGGCGCGACAACGCGCGAAUGUCCGAAACCGGCGCACCUAACCGCGCCGGCGGCGGACGCAAUCACGGACGAAGACGUGGAUUUCUCCGUCUACCAGCCUAACGGCGUAGAGCGGGUGAAAAGACUGGCUCAAAGAAAGAAGGAGCGGGGCUGUCCAAUCCGGGACUUACCCGACCUGCCGCCUGCGCUGCAGUACCGGGAUGUUCUCGGGACGCAGCCCCGCGCUCCUACUCCUACCGGACAUGACGAAGAGGAACGUAGGGAGUUGACGCGCUCGCCUCGCGUCGUUCUGCGCGACGUGAUGCGUGAAUUCUCCCUACCGCCUCCCCAAGGACGAGACGAUACCGGAGACGACAGUGAGGACUGGCCCUUGGACUCCGACGACAUGACAUCUGACGUGUCGAUGGACUCCGAGGGCUUGCCCACAGACCCGGACAGGACACGCCGCAAACGGCGAAUCUCGGAAGACGACAAGGCGCCGCCCCUUGGUAGAGGAGCGGUGCCCAAGGCUAAGAAGGGACGUGGCCGGCCACCAACGACCGGCCAAUACGUCGGCUUUGGAAAAGCUCAGGCGGAGCUCAACAAGGAGAAGGAGGAGGAACGCCGGGCUGCCUUCAGGGCGAAAGUCGAGGAGGUAGCCCGGAGGGCACGGGAGGAGCGAGAGGCGAGAGAGGCGCGAGCCUCCCUUCGCGCAAGCCCUACCCCGACUGCAGAAGACACGGAGCAGACGAGCGCGGCCCUGGCGGGUAGCGUAGAGAGGGCCUUGGAAAUGGUGACGAUGGUCGCCACAAGGUCCUCCAACUUGAAGGGCACGUACCAGCGCGCCCUUAAGGAGGCAGUCGCAUCGAUCAAAGCGGCCGUCACCGAAAUGAGGGGCCGUGGUCAAACGGAGGAAAUGCGGGCACUGGAGGCGCAGAACGACCGCCUCCUGCGCCAAGUAAACGCGAUGCGCCGGGAGUUGGAGGAGCUCCGCCAUCGCGUCACUGGGCCCGCAGCCGACGACCUGCAAAAGAUGUUGUCGGAGGUCUCACGUUCCAACAUUGAGACCUUCGGCAACAUGCUUAAUGCCAGGAUUGCCGGCCUGGAGGACAGGCUUCUGCCGGAGCCUCGAAGGAGACCGCCGCUGGUGGCGGACAGCGCAGGGCCAUCACCCGACGCCCCACCAACAGCGAUACAGAAGAAGACGCCGAAGCCGAAGAAGACGGCGACGGCAAUGGCGCCGGACAAGGGUUCAGCAGGCGGCGCGGCGGCUCCUUUACAGCCACCCGCCGCAACUACUGAGAAGAGGGCUGCAAAGCCAAAGAAAAAGAGGAAGAAGCGGCCAUCAAUGGCCGCUCAGGAGGCGGCAAAGGGGGGGCAGAACACCAACGCCCCUCCUGCCGAGGCCCCGUGGACAACUGUGGACCCGCGCAGGCCCAAACAAAAGAAGAAAGGGGCGGCUACUCCAGCUAAAGCCGCCCCCAAAAACAAAAAGAAGAAGAAAGCCAAGCUCCGUGCCCCCAACACCGCAGCAAUCACCGUCACACUGAAGGCGAGUGCUGCGGAGAAGGGGGUCACGUACAAAGACGUACUAUUAAAGGCGAAGGACGCGGUCGGGAGCGAAGUGCAGGAACUGGGCAUCAACAGGGUCGGGUUCCGCUUCCGCUUGGCCCAGACUGGCGCACGCGUCCUCACCAUCCCUGGUGAGGGCGCCAAUGAAAAGGCGGACGCCCUCGCCGCAAAAAUGCGGGAGGCGCUGGACCCCGAAGUUGUGACGAUUGGCCGCCCGGCGAAAUGUGUAGAGAUGCGCAUAGCCGGGCUGGACGACUCGACCACGACCGCCGACGUGCUCGAAGCGGUCGCCAGAGAAGGCGGGUGCCCGACUAUUUCCAUCAGGUCGGGCCCCAUUAAGAAAGGAAGGUGGGGCGAUGGCUCGCUUUGGCUGAGCGUCCCCGUCGCGGCAGCCAAAAAGCUGCUCAGCUUGGGGCGGCUGCGAGUGGGCUGGGUCUCGGCGAAGGCCGCCGAGUGCCGGGAGAAGCAUCCCAACUGCUUCUUCUGUGAGGCACUCGGCAAGGAGAAGGACCACGUGCUGGGUAGUAGCGGCUGCGUCACAGCGAAGCCGCUCCCCAGCACCAAGCGCCGGAAAAGACGCGGAGCUCCCUCCGACAAGGCUCGGCCAAAAGAGCCUGGAGCCGGCGGUGCUGGGGUUAGUCAGCCCCAGCCCGCCAUGGAGGUGGAGCCAUAG